UCUGUGAGAAGGGUUGAGUAUCGGGAUCGGGAUCGAGCUCGAGAGCGGUAUCGGUUUCGGGAUGGAACCGCUGUGCAAUGCCAGCGAACCGCCGCUGCGGCCGGAGGCUCGAACUUCCGGUAGCGGAGAGCUGCAGUUCCUCGGCUGGAACGUGCCACCGGAUCAGAUCCAGUACAUACCGGAGCACUGGCUGACGCAGCUGGAGCCGCCCGCCUCCAUGCACUACAUGCUGGGCGUCUUCUACAUCUUCCUCUUCUGCGCCUCGACGGUGGGCAACGGCAUGGUGAUUUGGAUCUUCAGCACAUCAAAGUCGCUUCGUACUCCCUCCAAUAUGUUUGUCCUGAAUCUGGCCGUCUUCGAUCUGAUCAUGUGCCUUAAGGCGCCGAUCUUCAUCUACAACAGCUUCCAUCGGGGAUUCGCUUUGGGAAAUACCUGGUGCCAGUUAUUCGCAGCCAUUGGCUCCUAUUCGGGCAUCGGAGCUGGGAUGACAAACGCGGCCAUUGGAUACGAUCGUUUCAAUGUUAUCACCAAGCCGAUGAACAGGAACAUGACAUUUACAAAGGCGGUGGUAAUGAACAUUAUCAUCUGGCUGUACUGCACGCCAUGGGUUGUCCUACCGCUGACACAGUUCUGGGAUCGAUUCGUGCCAGAGGGCUAUCUCACCUCUUGCUCGUUUGACUAUCUCUCGGACAACUUCGACACUCGCCUCUUUGUGGGCACGAUCUUCUUCUUUAGCUUUGUGUGUCCCACUCUAAUGAUCCUGUACUACUACUCACAGAUCGUGGGCCACGUCUUCAGCCACGAGAAGGCUCUGAGAGAGCAGGCCAAGAAGAUGAACGUGGAGUCGCUGCGCUCUAACGUGGACAAGAGCAAGGAGACUGCAGAGAUCCGCAUAGCCAAGGCGGCCAUCACCAUCUGCUUCUUGUUCUUUGUAUCCUGGACACCGUAUGGUGUGAUGUCGCUGAUUGGAGCAUUCGGAGAUAAGAGCCUACUGACUCCGGGAGCCACCAUGAUCCCGGCCUGCACCUGCAAGCUGGUGGCUUGCAUAGAUCCUUUCGUGUACGCCAUUUCACAUCCGAGAUACCGUAUGGAGCUGCAGAAACGGUGCCCCUGGCUGGGCGUCAACGAGAAGUCCGGCGAAGCCUCCUCGGCGCAGUCAACCACGACCCAGGAGCAGCAGCAUACCACAGCAGCUUAGAACUGACAAAGGACUAUUCUUACUCAAUCUAUCUCGUAAUACAACAGCCUUGGGAAAACUAUAAAGGAUUUGAUCAAUCCAAAACUAUGGAAUAACGAGCGAUAUAUUUUUGUUUUAUAAUUUGUAGUGAACUUUCCUGAGUUUAUAAUAAAUAAGUAGCACGUUAUGGCAAAGUAUAAA